AAACAAGGCCACAAAGACUACUUCUUCUCCUGGCUGUCUCUCUAAAAAAUUCCCACCCAAAUCCACCGAAUGACCAGCUUCAGCACCUUCUACAACAACUGGCUCGACCACCUGAGCCAACUGGUGCGCCAGCUGGCCACGGCUCCCAGGCCUCCUACCACCAUCGACCAGCACCGCGACUUGGAGCGCUUGGUUGCCAAGACCAUGAACCAUUACGCCGAGUACUACGGGGCUAAGGCUUUCGCAGCCGAACGCGACGUCUUCAACAUCUUCGCCGCCCCUUGGGCCUCCUCCCUCGAGCGCUCCCUCCACUGGAUUGCCGGGUGGCGACCCACCACCGUGUUCCAUUUGAUUUACACCGAGUCCAGCAUUCUCUUCGAGUCUCAUAUUGCCGACAUUCUUCGUGGCCAGAGAACCGGUGACCUCGGUGAUCUCUCCCCUAGCCAAUUCAGGCGGGUGAGUGAGUUGCAAUGCGAGACUGUGAAAGAAGAGAAUGUGAUCACGGACGAGUUAUCGGAGUGGCAAGACGGCGCAAGCGAAUUAAUGGGAGAUGGGACGAAUCUGGAUGAGAAGAUUCUGCAGCUGGUGAGGAUAGUGCAGAAGGCCGACGAUCUCCGCCUUCGAACAGUGAGAAGAGUCGUGGAAUUGCUCACCACCCAGCAGGCUGCGGAGUUCCUGAUCGUCGCCGCCGAGUUGCAGUUCGGAGUGCGGCGGUGGGGGCUGGAUCAGGACCGUCAACGUGGCAAUUAAUCCAUUAGUUUGAUCAAAAUGCAGUAGACGGUUUUAAUACUUGUCUUUUGCAAUGUAUUAGGAUUGCUCUAAUAAAUUCUCGAUCUUUAUUUAUCUUUAA